AAACAAAGGGAAAUGGAAUCGAAAGAUCAUUUGAACAAGUUCAAAGUCGGCUCAGUUCCGAUGUUGUACUACAUACUCGACUUCAUCUCCGAUUCUGAUAAAAAACUACUCCUAAAUCAGGAGGGAUUGUCCAUGAAAAAGGUCCUUUGCCUCAAGAUUCCCCACCAAGAUGGGCCCGCAUAUUUUCCGAUGGUGGCUAUUCUUUCAUUAGGAUCACCUGUUGUCGUGGACUUCACUCCUCAUUCAACUUUAGCAGACACUACAAGCAACAUUCAAGAAACUAGUCAUGGGAAUUUACAAAACUACCCUCCUUUCUCUAUUGCACUGAUGCCACGCAGUUUAUUGGUAUUCAAAGAUACAACAUACUCAGGUCAUGGGUGUACUUGGAUACCAGUUAUAGAGAAUUUUACAGUUCACCAUGUCUAUCGCUAUCACCUCCAUGAGACAGACUCAAUUUUAUCAUCUGUCUUAUUGUGUUCUUUUCAUUUAAAUCUAUCUGCUAUAAAAUUCAUGAUUUGUAGGAUUUAAAGAAUUUUAAUGGGUUUCAAAAAAAGAAUAUCUCAAUUACAAAAAAUAGAUGGUGGUUAAAGGUAUGUAUAGUCUCUUAACAUAGGAUUCAUAUAAAUAUGAUGUCUUUUGCCCUUAUUCAAGUUUUGGGUUUGAUGUAUAGUUCAAAUUCCUCAUUUACUGUCUUUCACA